GCGAUUGUCUUCCGGGUGUCGCAAAUGCGCGUUACAUUAAUGUCUUACAACUACAAAGGAUUGUGAGUAGUUGUAGUUGCAGAUUUUAUUUUAGCGAUUUAUAAACCACCUUGUAUCGAAAUUUUGUAUCUCGAGGAAGCUUAAAUUUCAUAUAAGAAAAACAAUUUUACCGGAAAUGAACAAACCAGACAACAGUUGACAUCCUCUAAGGUGGAUACUCUUCUUUCUGGUCAUUAAAAUGAUUCGCAUAGCAGCUCUGAACGCUGCUUCAACAGCAGCAGAUGAAUCUCAAGACCCACAGAGAAGUAACAAGAGUCAGACAAAAGAAGCUCAAGAAGCAGAGGCUUUUGCGUUAUACCACAAAGCAUUGGAUCUUCAAAAACAUGACAAGUUUGAAGAGUCUGCCAAAGCUUAUCAUGAGCUUCUUAAAACUCCACUACUCAAAGAGGCUCUUCCUUCAGAAGAUCAGAGAGUGGGUCUCAAACAUCCUGGGCUCAUGCUGAAAUAUUCAACGUUUAAAAACCUGGCUAGCAUGUCUGCAUCACGUGAUGACCUGGAGACGGCCAUGGAGUUUUAUCUGGAGGCAGUCAUGUUGGAUUCCACCGAUGUAAACUUAUGGUACAAAAUUGGCACGGUCGCCGUGCGUCUGGUGCGCAUCCCUCUUGCACGUCAUGCAUUCGAGGAGGGAUUGCACUGCAACCCGGAUCACUGGCCAUGCCUGGACAACCUCAUAACUAUCCUCUACACACUAAGUGAUUACACCUGCUGUUUGUACUUCAUUGCCAAAGCUCUAGAAAAGGACCACUGCUACACUAAAGGCCUGGUGUUAAAGGAGAAAAUCUUUAAGGAGCAGCCGUGUUUGAAGCAAGAUACAAUGCAGAUGUUUGUGAAAUGCAAUGUGUCUGUUCACUAUGUGGAGGUGGAGGAAGAGGAGCGCAGGGCCAUCGUGGAGGAGGCGCUGGAGAUCAGGAGGCGCAGGCAGACACUCUCUCUGUGCAAACCCAAACCUGACCUGAUCCUGGUUCAGCCCAUUCGCUCUCUCUCAUGGAGGCAUGUUGGUGAAAGCCUCGUUGCCAUGUUUAAACACCAGACCACAUGUGAGCCGCCGAGGCCCAGUCUUGGUCAAAGAAUCGACUUAUCUGAAUACCGGGACCCAAACUACUUCCAGAACCUCCCACAGCCGAGUAGUCCUGUCAGUAUAGGUCACCCGGCAGUGCUGAGCAGCCCCAGUUCAUCCCUGCCUCCAGUUAUCUUCCCUGAGUCGGCAGCUCUGCUUCAGACUGGUUCUCAACUUCAAAUGACCAUGGGCCAGGCCACUGUGGAGGUCACCACCUCUGCCCCUCCUACGGCUACAGGGAUGGAUAUUUCUCUGACCGAUAAAGUGAAGAAAGCUCCAAAAAGGAAACGUGGGAUGGAGGAAAGUGGGGAAACGGCCAAGCGUCGCUCUGCUCGUGUUCGAAACACAAAAUGCAAAAAGGAGGAGAAGAUUGAUUUUCAGGAACUGCUUUUUAAAUUCCUGCCUUCCAGGUUGAGGAAGUUUGAUCCUGAUAACGAUGACGAGAGUUUGGGUAAUCUUGAGACUCCGUGUGAUGGGAAGGAGAACAUCCAGCCUCUCCAUGGCAGCUGCUUACCAGCUGACACGGUUGAAUACAUGGAAUGUGAGCAACAGGACGUCCAUAACUUCUUGCUCCAUAACAUGACCAACGGUGGGAUACUGGAUCUGAUGAUGCGCUACCUGAAAGCAGUCGGUCAGAAGUUCAUGGAGGAGUGGCCUCGGGGCCUGGCUGCUGUGGUGCUGGAGGUCUAUCAGUCCUGGAGGAAGCACAGCUGUGGACUCCCAAACCCGCUCCUACGGGACUGCAGCAACCAACACAUCCGGGAAAUGUUGACAAUGAGCUUGGCCUGCAUGGAGCUGCAGCUGGAACAAUGGUUACACAACAAAGGGAAGAUCAUUCCCCCAAAGAGAGGCUUGGGAGCUCUAAGCAGCGAUGUAGCUGAUGAGAGACUUCCUGGCCAACACUUCCAGAGUGACUUGUUGCUCCUGGCUCUGGGUUCUUCCCAAAGAGAUUUAUUUGAAGAUGAUUGGUUAGAUGUGAUGACACGUGUGUACUGGCUAAAGGCACGAUUCCUAGCCCUACAGGGAGACAUGGACUUGGCCCUUGAGAGCUAUGAUGUUUGUGUGGGCCUUUUGCAGAGCAAACAAAAGACCCCUGAUGGCAAACAUUACACGGUCAACCUGCCUAACCUGCGUGUAGAUGCAGCCAUAUCAGUAGAAGAGAUUGAUAAGAGGCUGAAGUCACUGGAGCGGUGUCAGUCUUUAGAGGAGAUCCAGCGCCUCUUUGAGUCUGCAGACUUCGAGUCUGUCGUUCGUCUGCUGCAGCCAACUCUAAAUUAUGGAAACAGGAGUAAAUCUCUGGAGUUUGUGAGCUCGACACCGGAGCGCCCGGCACAGUUGAUGCUACUGCAGAACUCCCUGUUGAAGCUGCAGGACCACCAGCAGUGUUUGGAGUGCAGCGAGCUGGCUCUAAACGAGGCUCUGCAGCAACUCAACGCCGCUCCAGACGGCUCUUCCCCCAGCAAGGAGGAGUGGGUCAGCAUCAUCGGAAAGUUACUGGAUGGAAUCGACGUCUGCUUAACCAAAGACUCUAAGCUUCUGAGCAAUUUGCCUCAUCUGUCUAGCGUGGCUCGACUAGCCAACAACCUGAUUCAGCUCAUAGAUCUCAGCAUGAGUAUGUCAGAUGAUCCCAAAGAGCUGUAUUUCUUCUCGGUUGUGCCUUGGAUAAUCCUGUACCGCAUUAUCAAACACGAGGAGGCCGCUUUCGACUGUAUGCUCCAACAACACGUGUCUUUAGACGACGAUGAAGAUGAGUCAGACACUCCCAUGCUUCCCUCCUCCCUGAUGCUGCUGAGUACAGCUCAUGAGUAUCUUGGUCGUCGGGCUUUAUGCUGCAGUUCAGACGGUGCCCUCAUCAAGUUCUUUAUCGGGGUUUUGGAAAAAGAGUUUACCACUACAGCCAAUAUUGACUCCCAUCCUUAUAAAGAAGAGCUGGAAAUGGCCUUGGAGCAAUGCUUCUUCUGCUUGUAUGCCUACCCCAGUAAGAAGAGCAAGGCCCGGUACCUGGAGGACCACUCUUCUCCACAGGUCGAACUCUUGUGGAGCGAUGCCCUCUUCAUGUUCCAGUAUUUCAAACCAAAGUCGUUGCCGGAGUUCGACAGCUACAAGACCAGCACCGUGUCUGCAGAACUGGCCAAUCUGCUGAGAAGAUUUGCCACCAUCGCUCCCCCGAGUGACACUCCCGUCCUCACCAUGGAGGAAGUGGCUGCCUACAUCGAGGGCUUGACAGAUAAGGCCCCGUGUCUUCCUGCGGGCAGUGCCCCCCCACCUCCGAUCAUCAAUGAGAUUUACUACCUGCUGGCUGAUUACCAUUUCAAGAACAAGGAGCAGUCCAAAGCCAUCAAGUUCUACAUGCAUGAUAUCUGCGUGUGUCCCAACAGAUUUGACUCCUGGGCAGGUAUGGCGCUAGCCAGAGCCAGCCGGAUCCAAGAAAAGCUCAAUUCCAAUGAGCUGAAAAGCGACGCGCCCAUUUGGAAGCACUCCCAGGCCAUCCUUAAGUGCUUCAAGAGAGCCCUGGAGAUCGACAGCUCCAACCUGUCCCUCUGGAUCGAGUACGGAACUAUUUCAUACGCGCUGCACUCAUUUGCCUCACGACAGCUCAAACAGUGGCGAAACGAGCUCCCCCCAGAUGUUGUUAAGCAGAUGGAGGAGAGGAGAGACUCCAUGUUGGAGACGUCUCUUCAGUGUUUCCAGGGUGCCUCCCGCUGUGAGGGUGACAGUGAUGAAGAAGAGUGGCUCAUUCACUACAUGCUGGGGAAGAUAGCAGGGAAACGCAGAAAGGCCCCAGUGGAAUAUCUGCAGCUUUAUAAAGAGGCGGCACACUAUCUGCAUGAAGAAGCAGCCAGGUACCCCCGCAAAAUUCAUUACCAUAAUCCACCAGACCUGGCAAUGGAAGCUCUGGAGUUGCAUUUUCGUCUGGGCGCCACCAUCCUUAAACUGCUGGAAGCUGAUGAACCUGAUCUGGACCAUGAGCUGUUGUUUGCCUUGCUGGUUGAGGCGGCUACAGGGCCAUUUGCAAGAGGGGAGGAGAAGAGUGUGCCAAGCAUACCGCGGUCUAAUGAAAAGGAAAAACCCUCCUCAAUGAUGGAUGAAGACUUUAAUAUUUCCUCAGUUUGCAUCGCAAACGUUCUCAGCUCUUCCCCUCCAUCCGCUGCCACUCCAGGUCUGACUUCCCCUCCUUACGUGGCUACGCCAUUUGACCAUGAUUACGCCAAACGCAAAACGCUCCGAAGGCAGCAGUGGCAGCAGCAGCGGCAUGAGGAGCGGCAGGCCGAUGCCUCACCAGGGUUUGACCAUGAUUACUGCCUGUCCAGGUCUGCAAAAUGGCUGGCUUCCUUCCAUGAGCAAAGCCAGGACAGUGAGGUGGUGUUGCUCUCUGACUCUAACUCCACCCAGGAUGCCUUCAUGGAUCCCAUCAGCUCACAGGACACCAGUCACAAACCGGCCUCUGUCAAAGCCAGUUCAUCGUCCUCGGAAAGCACAACCCCUGUGAAGGACGGACAGCCUACAUCCGAGGAAACAGUUUUGCACAGAGACCAUGCUGGUGUUCAGACAGAAGAGAAAGUCAUCCAGGACAAAGUAGAAGCCACGUUGGUGGUUGAUUCUGAAGCUUCAGCUGCUAAGGUUCCCCUCGUGGACCCGUGUCCUCAUCCUCUCGCCUUACCAGUCACGCCUCCAAAGCCUGCACCCUCUCAGCAGGCUGCUGGUCCGACUCUGACCAGUGAGAGCAAAAAGAAGCCAGAGCCCCCCGCUGAGGUGAUUGAAGUGCCCAAAGCCCUGCCUGCAGAACGGGCAGAUCAGAGACUGAUGCUGGUGGAGAUGUGCGUCCGCGCUCUCUUUCUGUGCCUCAGCCGCUUCCCUCAGCACUACAAGAGCCUCUACCGCCUGGCCUACUUCUACACCAGCAGUAAGACUCACCAGAACCUACAGUGGGCCAGAGAUGUGUUGCUAGGAAGCAGUGUCCCAUGGCAACAGCUGAAGCACAUGCCAGCACAAGGACUUUUCUGUGAGAGAAACAAGACAAACCUGUUUAACGGCAUCUGGCGUAUUCCUGUAGAUGAGAUCGAUCGCCCAGGAAGUUUUGCGUCUCAUAUGAACCGAUCUGUUGUCCUCUUGCUGGAGGUGCUGGCUCAACUCAAGGAUCACAGCACUCUGCUCAAAGUCUCAUUCAUGCUGCACAGAAACCCUGACCAGGGAAAGAAGUAUUUACGGGAUGUCGAUCGCCAAGUUUUGGCCAAGAGAGCGUUCUUCCUAACUGUAAAAGUCCUGGAGGACAAUCUGAACAGUCUCACAGGGGUGUCGGAGCAGCUUCAUAAGGCGCCUGCCCCAUUCAUGGGGGAGAUGACCACCACGGACACGCCCAACAGGCCGGGCUCUGUGGAAAGCAAACAUCCACUGCCUAGGAAGCCUGGACUUUCAGAGGGAGCCCCUGACAGUGGGCCCAGGGAAACCCCACAGGUGCAGCCCACCCCUCCACCACCGUCAACAGACAGAGGGAGUAAAAUUCAGGAGGGAGGUCCUGGGAAGGUGGAGACUUCUGGAAAUGACAAGCACAAAGCAGGGCUACAAGAACCCAUGGAGAUGGAGCCUGGCCUCUGGAGGAAGCCCUCCACUACCACUGAUUCUCAGGGCAACAAAUCAGAGACCGAGACCACACCGAGUGGGUCAGAACCCCAGCAGAAAGGGGCUGAGAUCAGCCGGACACCAGAGCUGUCUCUAGAGGAGCUGAGCAUCAGCUCAAGACAGCAGCAGCUUCAGAUCUCUGCUCAGAAAGUCACAGUGGCAGCGAGUGGGACCGAUCCGGGGUUACAACGAAAGCCAAACAGGAAAAGGAAACUUCUAGAGGAUGUGGAGUCCGGAAAGACCCUGCUGCUCGAUGCUUACAGAGUGUGGCAGCAAGGCCAGAAAAUCAUGACGUACGACCUGGCACGCAUCGAGAAGAUCGUCAGAGACUUAUAUAUGUCAGAGACUUAUAUGCUCAUUAAACAGGUCGAUGAAGAUGUAGCUCUGGACCAAGCCGUGAAGUUCUGCCAGAUUCAGUUGGCAGCUUCAGCACAAAGACAGCAGUCAACCGGCGAUGCCCCAACCACACCAAAGUACACCAAGGAGCAGCGGGACAUCUUCUUCCCCACCUCCCUGCCAACGCCCGUCCUGCUCAGUCACUCCGCCUGCCCGCCGCCGCUCCCCCAGGACAGCCAAGCCAAAGUGUCGUGUGAGCCCUUGAGCAAAAUGUCCCGACCUCAGGCCUCAGGCUUCCACGAUCAGCCGCAGCACAAAAGAGCAGGCGGCCAGUCUGCUGCAGCCGUGGCCUUCCUAGCACACACAGGAGAGCGGGACGAACCCUCAGAGGGGCUUUUGUAUCGUCAGCAGGAGUCGCACCUUUGCCAACAGAUGAAACUCGCCAGUGUGUCGCAGGGGUGGGACCCGUCAUCUGGCUGGUUCCAGGAGGAACCUGCAGCAUGUAGCACCACACAAGUUUGUCCAGACCAGCAGCAGUAUGCCAGCACUGAUCUGUCAAAGCUUCCAGACCCCAGCAGAAUCCGCUCCAGAGUCCCAGCCAGCAUGCCAAAGCUUUUCAUCCCUUCCACGGUCGCAAAGUUCCCACCAGAGAUCACAGUCACGCCUCCGACACCCACACUUCUCUCCCCUAAGGGCAGAAUCUCAGAGGAAACCAAACAAAGGCUGAAGAACGUCAUCCUGUCAUCCCAGUCCGCUGCCACCGUGAAAAAGGACACUCUGAGCCAGCCGGCACUGGAGGUGCAAGAGACCUCCAGCCAGGAGUCCUCUCUGGAGAGCGAAUCUGAAGAGGAGGAGGAUUACAUGGACAUCUGAGCCUCCGAUGGCUUUGUGUACAAACUCAACUCUUAAGUCUCAUCUGGGGCUGGCUCUGCCAAACCCAGCUGGGCCGUCUUCUUUUCUUUCUUUUUUUUUAAUUAUUUUCUUUGCUGCCGCCGCUUUUUUUUUUUUUUUUUUUUUUUUUUGUUAAAUGCAGCAACAAAAAAGGACUUCCACUCAUAAACAUGCAGUAUUUUCAUCAGCGCCUGGCGGCAGCCAUGGUGAUUCAUGAUGAUGGCUUCGGUCCAACAGCAUGCAUGAGGACCGCUGUGUUCUUGCUCAUAACACACCAACGUCUUGAGGUCACCUGCUUUUUCCUGAAUGUGGCAAAAAAAACAAAAAACAAACAUGAAACGAGGGAGAGCGAUUUUGCCUUUAAUGCCCACCAGCGACAUUUGUAUGCAUCUUUUUGUAUGCCGUGUGCUAACUAUCUCUGAGCUGCAGCUAAACGCAGGUCUGAGGUGUCAGUCUGGGUGGAUGCUCAGCAGCAUGCACUUCCUGUCCUCCACCUCUAGCAUGAGCUCCUCUCCUCCCAGACACGUUACAUUGGUCCAUGAGGGGACGAGAACACAGAGGGCUGCGUUCAAGGUUCAUCUGUGGAGGUGUUGAGCCACAAAGCCUCGACCUGUAGCAGAUUGAAAAUGUUUACACACUACAUUUGGGAUGUUUGUGGGUUUUGGUUGUAUUUCUCCUAGUCCUUUAUAUUGUUCUGUGUUCUGUAGCAAAAUAGCAGGGUUUUUUGCCAGGAGGACGUCCUGUCACCAGCAGUGAUCCGAGAGAUUUCACACCGUAGAGAUGAGUUUUUGUACAUAUCAGAAUCCAAACAUCUUUCCAGUGUGUUUGGCUUUAAUGAGCUGGGCAUCAAGCCGGACGAACGUGUGCUUGUGUGAGUUGUUGAACAUUAGUGUGAGAGUCACUUUGGUUGCUGUGAGCUCAGGAAACGACGUUCCUGAUUCCAGAGGAGUUGGGAUGCACGAUGAUGAGGUUAAGCAGGACUUCCCAAUACCGAUGCCUUUCCAUUCAAGUCAUUUCAGUACACCUGUCUGUAUUCUCGUCUAACUCAGAGGAAGACGCACAGAAUGUUUUUUACCAAUUGAUUUUUUAUAUGUAUAAAUAAAAAGAAAAAUACACCGAUUGUUUCUUGAAAGCUGUCUGAAAUAUUUUCUUUUUAAACGACAAACUAUUACCCUGGAUGUAAAAAGAAGCAGCUUUGCUUUGUUCCAGUAACCGUGUGUGUUUAAGGGUGAAAGGUUGUUUCUGUGUCCUGGUGCGCUUUAGGGAAUGGGUUUCAGCAUGGCCCAGUUCCCCACCAGUGUGAUCUGCUGGCGUGGAACAUGUUCUCUGAGUCUCGACUGAAUGCUAAAGAUGUCAAACCAAAUAUAUAAAUAUAUUUAAAAGAA